GGUAUUUACUGUAAUUUACAUAAAUAAAAGUGUAAAGAAACAAUAGCACAAAUUUUAACAAGUGUUCUAAAAAACCGGAGGAUGACGUGAUGUAAGCAUAACAUUAAAAUACUUUGUACACAAACAAAACAUAAUAUUUCAAUGUAAGAUAAAAUGCGAUUAAGCCUCUCCACCAGCCACGAUAUCCACUUAUUGCUUCCACAGCGCGAUAAUAAAAUAAUUUCUAUUGUUAUCAUAAACACAACAAGGUUGGGAGUUAUUUAUUAGUUUUAUAUGCAAUAAGUCUAAACGGCGAUAAAUAUAUCCAUCGCUUGACGCUGACGAGAUAUGAAAUAUACAAUGUCUUUACGUAACUAAUACGGCGAACGGCGCGGACGGCACGCCGGGCCGACCCCCGCUUUGAUUGCAACAUUAACCGCACUACCGCAGUCAGUAAUUUAUUCCACCGCGGCAACUCGAUAGAGGCCCAUCUAGCAAUGCUCAGCAUUUAAUAUACAAAUAAAAGAUAACAUUGAGAAAAAAAAUGGCAGAAAAGAAAUACGUUUUGGGUAUGGAUAUUGGUACAACAUCAGUGAAAGCGUGUGUUUUUGAUCCAGACACAAAGGAAAUAGUGGCCAAGCAGACGAAGGAUACCGCGGCCAAUAUACCUAGUGAUCAAGGGAUAGAAGGAAAUAAGCAAGAUGUGCCGAAAAUAGUAUCAGCUGUUCAUUACUGUGUUUCGCGACUUCCCAGAGAUAUAUUACGGCAUGUGACAAAGAUUGGCGUCUGCGGCCAGAUGCAUGGUGUCGUUUUGUGGAAAGACAGGGCUUGGGAAAAAGUUGAAAAGGAUGGAGUCAUAAAUCGAUUUGAAGCAAUCAAAGAAAAAAUGUCAGCUCUGUAUACCUGGCAAGAUGUGAGAUGCAAGCCAGAUUUUUUGGAUUCAUUGCCAAAACCUGAUUCACAUCUUAGGUGCUAUUCUGGUUAUGGGUGUGCAACAUUAUUGUGGAUGUUGAAAUAUAAACCAGAGAAGCUUAAACAUUUUACUUGCUCAGCAACUGUGCAAGAUUUUGUUGUAACAAUGUUAUGUGAUUUAGAAACGCCUAUUACAUCUGAUCAAAAUGCCGCUAGUUGGGGCUAUUUCAACACUGAGAAAAAUGAAUGGAACAUUGAUAUUUUAAAAUCAUUAGAGUUUCCAGUUAAUCUUCUACCAAAAGUAACAAAAAGUGGGCAAAUUGUUGGAAAAUUAAGUAGCUCUUGGAAUGGGAUCCCUGAAGGUACGCCUGUGGGUGUUGCUAUGGGUGAUCUACAAUGUUCAAUACUAGCAACAUUAGAGACCAGAAAUGAUGCAGUGUUGAACAUAUCAACAUCCGCACAACUAGCUAUUGUUGUUGAUGGUAUAACAGAUAUAGGCUGUCAAACAGUGGAAUAUUUACCCUACUUUAGUGAUACAUACUUAUUAGUAGCAGCCUCUCUGAAUGGGGGUAAUGUACUGGCUACUUUUGUGAAGAUGUUACAACAAUGGAUGCUUGAAUUUGGAUUCCCCAUUCCACAAUCAAAAGUAUGGGAGAAAUUAAUUGCUUUAGGUUUAGAGGCACCUGCAGGGACCACUAUGAAGAUAUCUCCUUUACUACUUGGAGAAAGACAUGCACCAACUGCUAAAGCAGCAGUAGAAAAUAUUGAUUUAUCAAAUAUACAGUUAGGACAUGUAUUCAGAUCUUUGUGUGAUAGUUUGAUAGAUAAUUUACAUUUUAUGAUGCCCAAAGAAAUAUUGAAAAAUGCAAAUAUAAAGAGAAUAGUAGGUAAUGGAUCGGGUUUGUCAAGGAACAAGGUUUUACAGAGGGCUGUGGAACAUUACUAUAGUUUGCCUCUCGAGUUUACCUGUGGUGGUGAUGCAGCAAAAGGGGCAGCUAUAGCUGUUUUGUCAAGUGCAUAAUUUUUAUGUUAUAUUGUAUUUUGUUUAAAGAACAUUUUAUAUUGCUUUAUAUUACUUAAUGUUAUUUUUAUUACACAUCGAACCGCUACAAAAAAAGUUAUAGUAUAAAU